AUGCUGAUGUCGAUGACGUUCGUUUUCUGUAGCCUGCUCGAAUUGGCCAUUGUCGGGUAUAAGGUGAAAAACGAGGAAAUAUUGAAGAAACGCGGCUAUGUUCCGAAAAAGACCGCUAAUCACCAUGUGAACAUGUUCGAAUCGUCGCCGGCUGGAUUAUGUCGGUACGAGAAACGAUUGACUAUGUUCGAAUCGGCGCGGCUGGAUUAUGUCGGUACGAGAAACGAUUUGUGUUGCCGAUGGAACGAAGUGGCCUCGGUUGGACCCUGCUUUGUCGCCUUCGAGAGAUACGCGAUUGGCCACCGGAGAAAAUCGAUCACAUAUCAGCUUUUAUGUUUCCUGCCUGCUUUGCUCUUUUCAAUAUACUUUACUGGUCUUUCUACUACCACAAGAAGUUACGACAAAUUGCUCAUAUGA